GAGCACUGUAAUAAAAGCCAGGCGAACACAGUGUUCCAGGUCAGAGCCGAAGUCUGCAGAGCUUUCGGCUCGGAGAGCAGCAUGAGUCACCGGAAGAGAGCAGAUUGCUAGCUUGCAGAAUUCAUUAAGACAAAUGUAAGGUAUAUGGAUUUCCUCUGGAAGAAAAAAAAAAGAAACCUUGGCUGCUGCAGAACAGCACCCUGGUGAAUCCUCAAGUAGCUUUCCAUUCACCUUUGGAACGACAGCAUACUUUGGCAACUGUGUGGAGAAUUUUUUACUAGUCUAAAUGUAAAAUAAUAAGCCUAAAUCCUUCAGUGUGUAGCCCUUUUUUUUCUUUCUAAUUUUUGGAAGCACUCAUAAUGCAAAUUUAACACACCUUACAUACGGGUAAGUAUGUAUGCAUGUAGUAACGGGUAGUUACUAAAGCACUACUAUUUAAGCGACUGGUUUCAUACAUAAUGACUACUAGUGAGAGAAUUCUGUCAUAAAACUCGGCAUGCAGAAUGAAAUGCUGAUUUGAAUGUUAAAGAUGCAGGUUAAUCUGCUUUUUAAAAUCAACACUGGCUGUGAACGACGCGUGGAUCCCGCUGCGCAGUGGCGCCCCCGUGCGGUCGUGACGUAGCAUUACUCACACUGAACACUGGUGUUGGAGUUACGGUAACGCCAUUACAUUUCAAUAAUACUGACAAAAACGCCACGAUGGCUUUAUAACUUACCCUGCUCAACGACUUCCGAAUACAACACAGGGUCUUCGUUUUGGCUCGACAAAGGAGGUGAAAUUGAUUAUCCUAGUUACAGAUGUACUGUUGAACUGUAACUAUAAACGUGCAAACCAUUAUUGGUUUGGAUUUUUUUUUUCAAAUUGUUUGAACUGAUGAGUUAGGAAAAAUGAAAUUGGCUAGUGAAACUAACCGUAAAGAAAUAGAUAUAAAUAUAUUAGCUUUUAUGCGCUUUUUUCGUAAAAACCUUCCAACACUGAUCCAGGAGCAGCGGUUGUAUUUGGCAUUCCAAACUUCGUAGGUGACCGCAAGAUAAGAACGGAUCCGGAGUCAGCCACCUCGGCACCGGAUGUCACGGAGUUAAAAAAAAAGAAGAAAAAAAAGAAGUAGACUGGUGCCGCUUUUCGGGAACGAUUUCUCCAGGAAACACUUUCCGCCGUGGGGAGCAUUUGUGAAGGGCUGCCAUUUUAGCGAGCUUACGCAUCACAAAUGAAUCAUGGGGCUCAAAGUGGUCCAGCUCACCUCCAAGUCCCACCAUGAAAACAUCCUGUCCUCCCUGCAUCAGCUGAGGCUGCAGGGACAGCUCAAUGACGUCACGGUGCAGGUGGACUACCAGGGAGACGUGCAGGAGUUUCAGGCCCAUCAGUUGAUGCUGGCGGCAUCCAGCGGCUACUUCAAGAAGAUCCUGCUGGCUGGGGACGCCAGCCGAGACAAAGUGCUGCUAUCCAACAUGCACUCGGGGGACUUCUCCAAGUUCUUGGAAUUUGUGUACACCGGUAAGGUCGAGGUCGUCCGAGACAAGGUCGGCGACGUCCAAGCGGUCGCACAACUGUUGGACUGUGAGGAUCUGUCCGAGGUUUGUGGCGAGGCCAUGACUGCUGGAAUCCUACCAAAAACGCCAAAGAAAAAAUCUUCAUCGAAAGUUGCAGAAAAGGGGGGUUUACACGGUGGCCAGGAGACGAAAUGCCCCCCAGGGCAGAAGCAGCCCAAAAGGGCAUCUCUUAAGCGGCGGCUCUCUCCACAGAGCUCCGAGAAAGAAGUCAUUCCGAAAAGAUCAAAGGCAAGGAAGGGAGUGAAGGACGAGGGACGACAGGGAAAAAUCCUCAAACUGAGGUUGGCCGGCCGCAACGUCCUUCAGAGGCGCUUAACGAAGAAAAGAGAGAGCGACCGAAAGCCAGCGACCAACGAGGACACAGGCGAGACCGGCGCUGCGGCGGAGGAAGGACACGCGCCUUCGUUGGAGAUGCCCGAAUCGGAUGUGGAUGAUUGGCAAUGUGAGGAUGGUGUGCAGAGCAGUGAUCCCGAAGACUCCUUGUUGUUCUCUCCAGAGGACGAGGAGGAGGAGGAGGAGGAGGCGGACGAGGAGGAGGAGGAUGAUUAUGAGGAGGAGGGACAGUCCAAGAAGACACGUAAAAAAACCUCCAAGGCCCAGUUGCAGUGUAACAAGUGCCAAAGGACUUUCCACUAUGAGACAAGCUACUUGAAGCACAUUAGUACGUACCACGGCGUGAAAGCAGACGUCGUCCAUCGCUGUGAAAACUGCCAGCAGACCUUCGCUAACCGCAGCAACCUGAAGAUCCACGAGAAGCACGUCCACAGCAGCGAGAGGCUGUUCGCCUGCGAAAUCUGUGCCAAGUCCUUCAAGCGAAAGAAGGACGUCGUCCGCCAUCAAAGACAGGUACACGAACGCAACAACCUGCGCCACGUCUGCCCCGACUGCGGGAAGGCGAUGAGCUCCAGGGCCGCCCUGCUGUUGCACGAGAGGACGCACACGGGGGCCAAGCCUUUCGAGUGCGGCGACUGCGGGUCCAGAUUCACCCAGAACUCCGCCCUCAAGAUGCACCGCAGGAUUCACACGGGAGAGAAGCCGUUUGCAUGUGACGAGUGCGACGCCCGCUUCACCCAGAAGCACAUGCUGGUCUAUCACAAGCGGUCACACACAGGGGAGAAACCCUUCAUGUGUGAGGCGUGCGGGAAAAGCUUUGCCUCUAAAGAAUACCUGAGACACCACUCCAACAUCCACACGGGGACCAAGCCGUACAAGUGCGAGCAGUGCGGCCGAGGCUUCGCUCAGAGGAACUCGCUCCACCAGCACCUCAAGACGCACACAGGCGAGCGUCCCUACGCCUGUAAGGACUGCGACAAGCAGUUCACGCAGCUCAACGCCCUCCAGAGGCACCAGCGCAUCCACACGGGAGAGAAGCCGUACAUGUGCGGCCUUUGUAGACGCACCUUCACCGACAAGUCCACCCUCCGCAGGCACACCAUGAUUCACGACUCUGAUGCUCCCUGGAAAACGUACCUCGUGGUGCUGGAGGGAAACGUGGAGGACAAGAAACCCAAAGCCCCCACCAAGGGAAAGACGGAUAAGGCGGAAGUAAAGGAGAAAAGGGGCGGGGUUAGAAAAAGUGCUGCGGAUGCUGACGCCGCCGAUAAAACCCACGCGGAGGACUCCUUCGUGGUGCCGUCCGACCCGGUCCCGGUCCCGGUCGAAUGGACCGGUCAGGGCGCCAUCGCUCUGGUGAGCCACGACACCCUCGGCAGGAUCGCGGUGUUUCACGCGGAGAUGCCUGCGGGGGCCCAGAUGCAGCCCAUCGUGACCACCGACGCCACGGGGGCCAGCGUCAUCUCUCUGGACGGAUCGGCCAUCUCCCUCUCCCACGCCGCCGACGCCGACCCCCCCUCCCUCUGUCCGCCGACCCCCUCGGAUCCCGUCUCCGACGGCGAGUUGGCGCCGCUCCCCGGGAUCCGGAUCGUCUCGGCGCCGUCCGUCCUGGAGGCGGCUGCCUCGCAGACCAUUUUGGCUCCGGUUUCAGAGCCCGCGGCCGCCCUCCAGGAGGCCAGUCCGGGGGGGGCCACUCCGGGGGGGGCCUUCUUGGAGUCUGACAUUCAGACCGUGAUCAUCGGCGACGAUUCUGAAGCGGCAGCAGCAGCCGACGUCCUGAGUGAUGAAGACAAGAAGGCAGCGGAGGAGCCCUCGGGCCCCCCUGAAGGGGCCCCAGCUGAACAAGCUGUGUAGGAAAUGCUCUUAAAUAAAAGAGAAUUUAAUCUUGGGGGGUGGGGGGGGGGUUAAAUCCUAAUUCAAGGCUGCUUUUCGUGUACAAUGUAGAUACUUUGGCAGCAGCGGUGUGUGAAUGUGUGAUCUGACCACGUGGCGUUGGAUCAUUUAUUAUGCGCUUCGUGGACACACACUUGAUAUUCUUCUCACACUCCAUUGGAUCUUUAAGAUGUCAAUCGGAAGACGACAAUAAUCAAGGUGUUGGGGUGAUUAACUGAGGACUCUGGUUGGUCUGGAUGUACAUGAAGUACAUCUGUCUUCAGGGACAAAAUACCAACUUGUGUGUCUCCAAACUGCCAGCAGCUACCUGCUUAAAAUCUUCCAACAGAUGUUGUACACUGUAUAUUAUUUUGGCCACAGAUCAUUAAAUAGACUCGUAAUGUCAGAACAACACAACAGCCGAUUAAUCCGAUGUCGGCCCUUUAACAUCCAAUCAAUGACCUCGGAUCAAAAUGGUCAUGUGACAGGGAGGCAGAAUUACUGCAGCCAAGAAAAUCCUACAGGGGGUAGGAUCCUCAUGAGGUAGGUAUUAACUAUAAAUUCAAACUAUAGAACAGAUAUUCUAUGUUAAUAAUACAUUCACCUCCAAAUAUAUUUAAUGCAUUUAUAAUGGAGUAGCAGUAAACUUGAAAUACUAACUUUUUCCAGUCUGUUUCUACCCCUCGAAAAAUGAUGCACACGUGACAUGUUAAAUAUAGAGGCGCUUGCACCCAUCUUUAAAAAUAGAGUAAAUUACUUUAUGUUAUGUGAGAUAAUAAAAGCGUAAAAUGGAAUUGAAAACGUUGAUUUCUGUUUUUGCAGUUCAUCAAAAGCAGGACAAGCAGAGCCGGGGUAUAAUGUCUUUAUUAUUGUCCAUUCGCACUAGCACACAGUCCCCUGUCACUCCUUCAGGAAGAAGCUGGAUACGCAGGGCCACGGACCCUUCAGUAAAAACUUUGGUCUGGUGAAUGGAACGAGGCUAAUCUACUAGACACAAUGACAUGCUCAGCCACCCCUCCAGUGGUCACGACACAAUGAUGCAACUUAUCCAGAGAUUACUGCCCUGGACAUAAGGGGUACACAUUUUCACGUCAGUGCUUUUUCAUUAAAAAAAGAAAA